AUGUUGUCCGCUGCUGGGACAGGGAUUUCGUCCCGUGCACUAACGCCUGCCAUGUUUCUCCCCUCCCUCUCCUCCAGGAUGGAAACCUACGAGGAUCAUCCUUGGUGCCCCUACAGUUCCCAGAGCGGGGAGGAGGAUGACGAUGACCACCCUUAUGACCCCCACCUGGCCAGGGUGCGGGCCCGGAGCAACAGCCGGUCCAGCCGCCGCUCCUCCUUCCUGGUGGACGAACUGGACAUGCUCAUGGACAAGGCAGCCACCACCAUCCAGGCCACGUGGCGGGGCUACCUGACGCGGAAGCGCAUCAUGCACGAGCAUGCCGCUGCCACCACCAUCCAGGCAGCCUGGAGGCGCUUCAUCACCCGGGAGUACGUGGCCAUGCAGUGGGACCAGGUGCCCUCGUGGCAGGUGUACAGGCAGCGGCAACAGCCGAGGAGGAGAACGCCUUCCUUUGCCUCCUUCGAGGACAGGAGAAGAUCCUGGGGGCACCCAGACACGGACAGGGAGAAAGCCGCCGAGGUCAUUCAGGCGCACUACCGGGGCUACAAAACCCGACGGGCCCUCAGAGAAUGCAAGCAGGCGGCCACCACCAUCCAAGCACACUGGAGGGGCUACCGCACCAGGCAGCAGCUGGCCCAAAGGCCGGAGCGCCCUUACCCUCGUAGCGGCCCAAAGGGGACCUACUACGGCCGGCCCAGCUACAUGCCAGGGAGCUUUUCGUGGGUGGGCCCUUAUCCCAGGAAGCACUGGCACAAGUGUCUUGUGGGAGACCCCGAGGAGUGGGCGAGCAAGGUCCCACGGGCUCCGCCCUACACCAGGGAGCGCAUGGAGCCAGCCCAGCCAAAGACAUGCCCUCGCUGCGGGAGGUGCACCAGCGUCCGUGUGCUCAUGGGGUUUGGCAAGGGCCCACCCUCCAAGUCAGAAACGGACGACAGUGAAUGCGAGGGGCGCGUUCGCCCUCCUGCCAGGCGGAAGAGCCCAGCCUCCAGGUCGCGAGGAGGGCAGUCACCUGCUAGAUCCCAGCCCUAUGGGGCCCACGUGUCCUACCAGACGAGCCCCAGAGCCUAUUAUCCCAGUACCCCCAGUGCGGUGGCCGAAGACCAGCCCCGGAGACAGGGCCGGGACCCAGGAGGGCUAAGCCAGCGCUAUGCCACGGUGCACAUGGCUCCACGGCCCACGCGGGAGCGCAACACGGCCAGGAGCCUCUCCUCAACCAGCAUCUGCCAGCCGGGGCCGCCAUCCGCAGGGACCUCUGACUGGCAUUAUGAGAACUACUGCACCCGCCGGAUGGGUGAAGGGCAGAAGCGCGUGUUCAAGACCAGGAAACAGAUGUGGCAGGUGUCCCGGGCAGCCACCCUCAUCCAGUCCUUCUGGCGGGGCUGGAAGGCACGGCAGGCCUUGCGCCAGCAGCACGAAGCGGCAAUCAGGAUCCAGUCCGCCUACCGGGGCUACAAGACCAGACUUUACCUCACAGAGGCCGGGGUGCUGAGUGAGAGGGAGACAGAGUGA